GCCGCCGCCGCCGUCGCCGCCGCCGUCGCCGCCUCCCUGCCGGCAAGUGUGGGAAGGAGGAGCCGAGGGCCGCCGCCGCCAUGGGGAGGAAGUCGAGCAAAGCAAAGGAGAAGAAGCAGAAGCGGUUGGAAGAACGAGCAGCCAUGGAUGCCGUCUGCGCCAAAGUGGACGCCGCCAACAGGCUCGGGGACCCUUUGGAGGCUUUCCCAGUGUUCAAGAAGUAUGAUCGCAAUGGGUUAAACGUCUCCAUCGAGUGUAAGCGAGUGUCUGGCCUGGAGCCGGCCACCGUGGACUGGGCCUUCGACCUGACCAAGACCAACAUGCAGACCAUGUAUGAGCAGAGCGAGUGGGGCUGGAAGGACCGAGAGAAACGCGAGGAGAUGACGGACGACCGAGCCUGGUACCUCAUUGCCUGGGAAAACAGCUCCGUCCCCGUUGCCUUUUCUCACUUCCGGUUUGACGUGGAGUGCGGGGAUGAAGUCCUGUACUGCUACGAGGUGCAGCUGGAAAGCAAGGUGCGGCGGAAAGGCCUGGGCAAGUUCCUCAUCCAGAUCCUGCAGCUCAUGGCCAAUAGCACACAGAUGAAGAAAGUUAUGUUAACGGUGUUUAAGCACAAUCAUGGCGCCUACCAGUUCUUCAGAGAAGCGCUGCAAUUUGAAAUCGACGACUCUUCCCCCAGCAUGUCCGGUUGCUGUGGGGAGGACUGCUCCUAUGAGAUCCUGAGCCGGAGGACCAAGUUUGGGGACAGCCAGCACUCCCACACGGGCGGGCACUGUGGCGGCUGCUGCCAUUGAACUCCCAAGCCAGAAUGCUCUCUCCAAGGCCUGUCCCCUCCCCUGGUCUCACGCCGCUUGCUGGGUGCCCCCAGAGCUGUGGCCUCCUCAGCCCUACACGUGCCAGGCUGUACCCUGAGAGCACAGAACCCUGGGGACGAGUGGUCCGAGCUGCCCUCCUCCCCUCUUCUAGAGGAGCACAGUGCCAGGAGGGAGCAGAGAGGAGAAGAUGCUGAGGGAAGAGCUGGCAGAGGCCGGGGUAUGGAGCGCAUCCUCACACAGUGCCUGCCUUCUGUCUCGGCUCUCAUGCCCUCGAUUGUAAGGUUCCCCAACUUCUCUGCAGCCAGAUUCCUGACAAGCCCCCCGCACUCGCACACACUUGGACAAAUGGAGUGUUUAUUCCCACCUUUAUGAAAGUCCUGGAACCCUGGAUCAGGGUCUGGCUGGUCCCCAAAGAGGAAUGGACGCGGUGUAAGAUCUGGGCGUAAAGAAAGGCUUCAGGGAGACUCGUUUUGUGGAUGGAACACCCUGACGGAAACCAUGGGAAGGUCUGUGCCACGACACAGGGAAGUAAGGGGGCUCUUUCUGGCUCUGCUUUUAUGGAUUCACAGUUGGUGUGGAGUCUCUCAGGGGCCCAGCCGCCUCUGGGAGGAGGGCUGCCUCCCCCUCUCCAUCGCUGUCAGUGAGAGGAGCCGAGAGGACCAGGAACAAGGUGUGGGAUGGGGCCGGCCGUGGGGACGAUGGCUUCUCUGGUUGUUUGGACUUGGCUGCAUUCUAAGCUUCACCUUUUGACAUCAUGGCAGUGACUCGAGUUUUCCAUUCACAGCCUGCUUGUUCCUCUCUAUUUCCCUCACUCUCUCUGCCACCCCAGAUACCUCUGUUCUUACUCCCAAGUGGGGAUAACAUCAGGGAGCCCUCGUCUUCCCCCAGGAGGACCCUCGUUCCCGGCUCACCGAGUGCCAUUUCCUCUCCUGUCUUGGUGCUGAUAGUUCUCUGAAGGUGGGGCACCCCUCCCCAGCGCCGCCCCACCUCUGCAGAGAGCCCCAGCCAGCAGCAGGCCUCCGCCUGCACUCCCCAGCCUUGCCCCUCGUGGCCUCAGUGAGGCACUAGUGCCAGCGCCCUGGCCGGCAGCUCAGGCUGCAGUAGGAACCCUUCUUGGUGGCUGAAUCCGCUGCUGUUCUCUCUCUGAUACCACCUUGUGGCAGCGGGCGGGAGCUGGGACGAGCAGGCCAUCCUCUUCUCAUGGGGUAGGAAGGGUGUGCAGGCUCAGAGCUCACCCUCACCCUCGUUCCUCUUCCAGGGAAGAAAACAACCAAAUCCUUAUCCAGGAAAAAGCACCUGAGGCCUCCCCUUGGACAUCCUUAAGCUCUGCUUUAGGGAGUGUCUUAAAAGUGGUAGCCUUCAUGAAGUUGCUCUUGUGGCGAUCUCUCGGUCCUUCUGACCUCAGAUCUGCUCACACCCCACCCUCUGCCCUGACUCAGGCGGUCUGUGCUGGCGGAUCUCCCUGGAGCUGUUCUUGCUUGUCCGCUGAGUCCUGCUUGUGCCGAGACCCACACACACGGCCUCCUUCACCCAGCCCCAGCCAGCCCAGCCCUCCGCCGAGUGCUCCGCGUGGCUCUGGACCCCGCCACCAGUGGGGCAGGGCUGCCUAGGAGAGGGCCUUCAGCUUUACACUGGGAUAAGCCCACCUCUGCCCCUGCCCUGCUGGCUCCAAGGGGGAGGAUUUGAAUUGCUGGCAGGGCAUUGCUGGGCUCCUUCCAAGAACCAUGGAAUGGUAGAAGCAUGUUUAGGAAGAGUUUUUCCUCUAAUCCCUGUCUCGAAGGAUGCAGAAUGAUAAAUAUUUAUUGUCUUAGACCAUGAAUUUCUGAUACCUCCCGCUCAGGGGACCAAAAGGAACCCUCAGUGUAAAUCCCACAUAAGGUGAGUUCAGUGUACGUUGUCUCUUUCCAGUCAUUGGAUGCCUCGCCCCAAGCCCCUUGGUAAACGGGGACCUUGGUACUAUGCCCUGCUCGUCCAGCCUCUGGAGGGCAGGGCUGGAGUGGGAGGCGCUGCCUGAGACAGCAGCUCGGUCUCUGUUGUUGGUGUCGACUCAGUUCUCAAACAUCAGUCUUUCUGCACUUCCCCCAGGUCUUGGUUUUGAGAAACAUAGCCGGCCUUAUGUACCAGGCUUUUUUGUUUAUUGUUUCUUUGGGGCAUGUUAAAAUAUUUUUUAAGACUUUUUUUCUAGUUGUAUCCAUCCUAUUUCAGGUUAUUUUUGUUGAUGUCAAAUGUGUAUAUGAUACGUAUGUGGUUCUUUUUAACCCUUUCUGGUUAUUUUUAGAGGAAACUUUGAAGAUAAACUUCUUGGUAUCUAUAUAUUUUUUCUUUAGCAACUUAUCACUGGAAUCAAAGAGAAAAAGUGAUCUCUUUUUGCAUUGGUUGUAUUUGUAUGUCACAAAUAAAAGACACUUUGUUCA